AUGCAGGGUCUACUUUUGCUCCUCCUAGGAGCGCAAUUGUCGCGGGUCUCUGGUCACCCAUUCUUCACACCUACCGCUGUUGACCAGGCACCACAAACAACCAAGCUUGCGAUUCCACCUAUGGUAGCAGAUCUUGAUGGAACAGUACAAAUUCUCGAGAUCCGAGAUGAGCGAGAGCUGAAUGCAAUCUUUGCUCGUGAUACUACUUCCUCAUCCUCCACAUCUACAACAUCCACCACCUCAUCCACUACAUCAUCUACUACAUCUACAACGUCCAGUACUACCAGUUCGACUACAUCCACUACCAGCUCGACUACCUCUAGCACCUCCAGUACCACAACAUCUGAUUCGACUUCGACAUCCACCACCUCUUCUUCCACAUCAACUAGCACCAGCAGUUCGACAACAACUACGAGCACCUCCACCACCACAACCAGCACUGCAACAGCGACAAGCACCGAGAGUGCCGCGCAAAAGAAGAAGAACCACCAAGGAAACAUCAACGCCAUCAUCUUCUCUUGUGUCAUGUUCUCCGUCUUCGCCGGUGUCGCCAUCCUCCACUGCUCCAAGGAGCGAGCAAAGUCCAAGCGUAUUGCCGCCCGUGAACUGCUCAAAUCAGCCGCUGUCAUUCCUGCACCGCUCGAGCCUACAAAGAAUGAGUCCAGCACGAAUCUGCUUGGCGAUCGUUCAUCUGUGAUGUUCCGAGACAAUCCUUCCCCGGCCGAUUCACGACCCAUUACGGCCCAAGGCACUGCUCCGACGCACGAAGCUGAACAUCAUUGA